AUGGAGGUGGCAGCGCCCCAGAGGCAGGUGCUGCCCACAGAAAUCCCAGAGCAGGAAGAUCUAGACCUAAAGGAAACCCCGGAAGGAUUGCCCCCUUCUACCCUUAGGAUCAUACAGAGUAGGGAAUCCAUGACCCAUCAACAGAGCAUGUUAAUGACUAGCUUUGGACUCGACUUUCCGUCGUCACCUCGUAACAGGAGAAAUCCUCAUACCCUCUUCAAGAAUAUGCUACAGAAUCCUCUAUGGAUAAAGAAGGAACUGAGAUUGUUGGGGACUGUACAAUUAAUGACCAGCCUGAUAGUGCAGAGCCUGGGAUACUUUUGGACAUACCUGUAUUUUUCUCAAAAUAUGGCAUUUGUAAUGGACAGUGAAUAUACUCCUAUCAUUGGAACUUCAGGAUACUCACUUUGGGCCUCUUUGCUUUUUAGCCUAUCAGGAAGUUUUUCAAUAGCAUUGCAGAUGAGGCCUUCAAAUCACAUGCUGAUUUGGACUAUGACAAUGAACAUCUUAAGCAUCUUUGCAACACUAAUAGGUAUGUUUUUAAUAAUACUUGAACUGAUGAUGACUUCAAAUAUACAAUCUUCAUUGUGGCAAUAUAGAAGUGGUAGGAUGCUUACAGAGUAUCUCUUCCUGUUCACUGUCUUGGAGAUGUUUAUGGCAUGCAUAGUAACUGAGUGGACCUACAAAGCAAGACAAACAGAAGAUUAA